AUAUAUAUAUAUUAAAUAAUAUGACAAUUUUUUAAUAUCAAUGUUAUUAAAUUUUUAUUCUGUCAACUAUCAAUCAAACUUAAAUCUCCAAUACUUAAAAAAUGUUCAAAGGUUUCGGCAGUAAUUUAAAAGUAUAAAGUAUCAAUUUGAUUAUUUGAGUUAAGUAAUGCCAUAAACGUUUCUUAAUUGUAAGUGUAUAACAGACUAGAGGAUCAGACUACAAACCAUCGAUGACCAAAGUUAAGCAGCAUCGGCGUUGGACAUUAAUUGGAUGGGUGACCUCGUAGUAAAAUAAUUGUCGAUGGUUAAUAAUUUUUUUUUUUUUUUUUUUUUAUUUAAUUUUAACCGACAUUGAUAUUGAUGAAGACAAUAAAUCCUAAUUAAACUACUUAAUUAAUAAUUUACAGAUAUUCUAAAUGAGAUUCUAAAAAUGACUAAUUUCGUUCAUGCAUGAUUAUAUAUAAUCAUAUAUGAUCAUGUAUAAACAGAUCAAGUUAUGUAUGAUCAGACCUGGCCAAUUUUUGGAUCUGAUCAUAUAUAGACAAUUAUGCAUAAUCAUAUAUGAUUAGGCAAAAUCAUUUUUUCCCGGGUACUACCAAUAUGCUUAAACUUUAUGAAAUUUUAUAAUUUCAUUGUUGUCAAUUUGAUAAUUGUUAUUGUUUAUAAACCAUAAUAGUUAUUUAAUAAGGGGAAAAAAAUAAAAAAGCGCUAGUUCUUUGGAUUCAAAUAAUUUAUUUAAAAUUAAUGAAAUAAUGGAUCAACUUAAUACCGGAUCGGAAUUAUUCUUUAAUGAAUUGUUUUUGCAUACUAGUAUGCAAUUUAACUCAAUUUAGUGCAAUCAAAAGAAGUGUCGAGAUGAUUUAACGUGAGUGAAUUUGGCAAAAAAUAAUUUUGAUCGUAAAGCAAUUACAGCGCGUCGCGCUUGAAGUGCAUAAUACAAAAAGUUAGACACAAACUUACUGUUUACAUUUUACAAUAACAUCAGCAUGAAACGAAGUCUUUUAAAAAAACCAGAUAAUUACUAUAAAUCUAAGAAGACUUGCACAAAAUUAAUGUGUAGAAAAUUGAGACAUAAUUAACAUUAUGUAGUGAGUAUAUACAAUGAGACAAAUCGCUUUUUAUAUUCGCGAUUUUUACUAGCAGUCACCAGAAUUCGCGGGUUGAACCCUGGCUUAGGCUGGCCUUUACGAAAUUUAUUUUAUUAGGACAACACAGUGAGGUUCUUGCAAUGAGAAAAACCCACAUUCAUGCGAUCAAACAACAGACAGAAAUUAGAUGAAACACCUUACGGUUAUAUGUUCUCGAAUUUACUUAAUUAUUAUGGAAUAAUUAGCUUAAAGGAGUCCCCUGAUUAAAAAAAAUGAUUAAAAAUGAUUUCACACGUUAAAUGUCCAUAAGAGACAGGAUUAGAAAUGAUUUGAAGGAUUAAAAAGUAUUUAAAAUGAUUAAAAAACAAAUCAUUUUUUCUUCAUACCCGGUCGAAAGUACGAACUUUCUUCUUCGAUUUCGAGGCAGAAAGUCAAACAUUCCUGCGUUGGUAGAGACGCGCAUGCGCUCUACUAUAGUGGGCCGAAAGAAGUUACUCAUGCACUGAACCGAUACACGAAGCAGCGCCUAGUCAGCAAUCGCUACAACCCACUCGGUUCUUUUUGUUAUUGCGCAUAGGGAAGCCAUAACCUUAAAUUGCUUGCUGAGAAUUUUUAGGUCUGUCUACAUUCCACUAAUUAUAAAUUGAAGAAUUGUGAUAAGUGAGAUAUAGUUAGUAAGAGAAAAAAAAAAAAAAAUGAACGGAAUUUCUUCAUCAGAAGAAUCUACGGACGAGGAAGAGAUUUUAAGAAACUUUGAUGCAGAGGCUAGUUUAAUAAUUCAGUCGGAUACGUUACCAAAGAAAUCAGCAGACAGAUAUAUUUUAAACUACGAGACCUAUAAAAAUUGGCAAAAAGAACAUGAAAGUUCUUUAUCAAACUCUGAAGAGAGUAAUUUAAUAGUAUAUUUUAAAGAAUUGACUAAAAAGUUAAGCCCGUCAACCAUAUGGGGAAUAUGGUCAAUGUUAAAGAAAACUUUAAACACUAGAGAGAACAUCGAUAUCAGUAAAUUUCAAAAUUUAAAAAGUCUUGUCAAAGGUAAUUCUAAAAGUUACAAAUCAAAAAAAUCUUUAGUGUUAAAAUGGGACGAAAUCAUGAAAUUCAUGAAUGAUGCACCAGAUAAAACACAUUUAGACAAGAAGGUUCUCCUCAUAUUUGGAAUUUGUGGGGCCCUUCGAUGUAAAGAAAUCUCUGAACUUAAGAUAACUGAUGUAGAAGAUCUUGGAAAUCGGUAUCUUGUUUCAGUCAAUGAAACAAAAAAUGAUGUUCCUCGGCAAUUCAUAAUUGGAGGAUUAUUUCGUGAAAAAGUCAAGCAAUACGCGUUGUUAAGACCGAAAGAACGUUUUAGCGAUAAAUUUUUUGUCCAAUAUCGUAAUGGAAAAUGUGUUUGCCAAAAUAUAGGCAGAAAUACUAUUGGAGGAACACCUCAAUCCAUAGCGUCAUACUUAAAUUUACCGAAUCCAACACGGUAUACUGGGCAUUGUUUUCGUAGGACAUCGGCGACCCUAUUAUCUGAAUCGGGUGCAAAUGUAACGAUCCUUAGACAACUAGGAGGUUGGAAGUCGACAGCAAUAGCCCAAGGCUAUGUAGAAAAUUCUUUGAAAAAUAGAGAGAAAAUUUUUCAAAAAAUUACUCAUGCAGCUGUUUCCAACAUUCAAAAUAAUCCACAACCAUCAACUAGUGCGAAAUGUUCUACUAACAUAAACUUUGCGAACAACAAUCAAAAGUCUACAGGUGCGGAAGAAGUUUGCGAUCAUUUUUCGGAAGAUUUCGACUUUAGUGCUCAAGAAUUAGCUGCCAUCGAUAAUUUGAAUCAAUUCGAAGUACCUAAAUCACCUACGACCGCGUUUACAGCAGCUAAUAAGGAAAAAAUACCAUCAACCCCCAAUAAACAAUUAAAAAGAUUUAAUCAUUUUACGACCAAAUCACCGGUGGAUGUUUUUUCUAAAGGACAAGAAAACCCACCACCGAUAAGAAAAAAUAGAAUUAUUUCGGAUGAAACUAUUAUCAAUGAAAAAUCUUUAAAUUCAGCUUCUACUGCAAAUACAACAUGCAAUAGAUAUGAAAACUGCGUUUUUAGAGGAAAUAUUAUAAAUAAUUUUUAUUAUUCGUGUAAUCAUUAAAGCUGUGAGAAAAACAAAGAGAAUAUGCAAUAAGAGAUUUUAUGAUAAAAUAAUAUAACAUAAAUGAUAAAUGAUAAAAAUUUUAUGUUAUAACUACUCUAAAAUAAAUAAUUUUAUUCUAUCAUAUUUAUAAAAUAUUAAUAAAGAUAUUCUUAUGGAAGUAAAUUAAUUUUUUCU